UUGGAGAAAUUAUAAAAUUUAUCAUUUUAAUAGAAUUUAUCAAAAAUAUCAAAAUAUUAAAAUGUUAUCAACAAGUGAGGAUGCUGGAUUUAGAUCAUUUAGUCCGGACUCCGAUACAGCUGAACCGGACGCUGCAUCACAGGAUAUAUUAACAUGUGGUUCCUGUCAAAAAGCAUUCGCAUUAUCGGAUAUUGUUAGAUUUAUACAACAUAAAGUAUUACAAUGUAAUAAAGAAAAUUAUGGACAAUGUUAUUCACAAGCUCCAACAAAUGAUAGGGAUGGUGAUGAUGGCCGUCCUCUUAGUUUAGUUAAUAGAAGACCAUCAAUAUCAGCACCAAUAACUGGUCGUAAAUCAUCUGGAUCCCGUGUACAUACACCACCACCUAGUCCAGUUGAAUUAUUAGCAGAUGGGGCAUCAAGUACACCAAAACGUUUAGUUGAUGAAAAUGAUAAUACAACAACACAAAAGGAAGAAUGUAUUGAUCUUGCUGAUAAUGAACAUGAAAGUAUACAAAAUUUAACGUCCAAUAAUAAUAAUAAUAAUGAUAAUAAUAGUUGUAAUAAUAAUUAUCAUAAUAAUGAUAGUAAUAAUAAUAAUAAUAAUAUUAGUAAUAAUAAACAUAAAGAUAAUAAUGAUAUAAUAGAUGAACCAUUAUUAAAAAGACCAAAAAUUGAAGUUGUUGAUGCUGAAUCAAAUACAAUGCAUAGUGAACCGAGUAAUUAUACAUGCUCAACAUGUAAAACACGUUUAUAUUCUGCAUGGCGUCUCAUUCAACACGUCCAAAAUUCACAUGGUGUUAAAAUAUAUGUUGAUGUGAACGCAACACAAUCAUCAUCACAACCAUUAUUAGUAACAACAACACAAACAGUGACAACAACAGUAACAGCAGCGACAACAACAACAGCAUUAACAUCAUCAAUAUCAUCUGUAUCAUCGAAUCAUUCAAUAAAUUUAUCUGUUGGUAAUGGUUCAAUUUCAACAUCAACAUCAAAUUCAUUUAAUACUUUAUUACAACAAUCUGGUCACAAUAAUAAAUUGAUUUCAUCACAUAAUAAUGUUAGCAAUUCAUUGAUUGGUAUCAAAGAUUUAAGUUCAAGUUCAUCAAAUUCUUCGCUAUCAAAUGAAAUAAAUUUAGUAAAUGCUAAUAAUAACAGUAAUAAUAAUAAUAAUAAUACAAGUAAUCGUCUUGGCAACAGUAACAAUAAUAUUAAUAACAAUACCAGUAAUAUUAAUAAUAACAAUAAUAGUAAUAAUAGUACAACUAGUCAAAGUAGUAAUAAUAGCCAUUCAUCACAACAGCAAUAUCAACAACAACAACAACAGCAUCAACAACAAUCUUCAGCACAACAUCAUCUACAUGCAAUGCAAAAUGCUCAAAAUUUAGCAGCAGCUGCUGCUGCACAAAGUAUACGUCAUCAUCCAUUAUUACCACCACCAGAUAUGCAUCCAAAUCCAUUUAAUUUGUUGAGAAUGCCCUUGCCACCACUUGCACAAGGUCCAGUAGUUCCUUCACAAGUUGCUCCAUUAUUUUCGAGACCACAUCCGGAUCAUUUUCGUAUGGAGCAAUUAGUUUCUGAGCAAUUCCGUCAUCAUGGCCUUAAUUUAGCUGCGGCUGCAGUUGCUGCUGCUAAUUCAUUAAAUCCACAUAGCCAAUCGUUUAGUGCAGCGGCGGCAGCAGCAGCAGCUGCCGCAGCUGUUAAUAAUCAAAAUAACUCUGUUAAACAAGAACGUCCAUCUUCAAAUAGUAGCAGAGGUUCAAUAACACCAGCAGGAUCACAACCAAGUAAUCUUUCUGCUAAUAAUCCUGUAGCGGCUAAUGUUCCAAAUAGUUUAAAUGUGUUAGACCAACCCCAAAUGGAUUUCUAUUCACAAAGAUUACGUCAGCUGGCUGGUACAACAAGUCCAGGUGUCGUUAACGCUCCAACCAGUUCACCAAGCCCACGUAAACAACAAUCACCAUCAUUUGCAAGUCCAUCGCCAUCACAAUUGCCACCGACUCCUUUAACAAAUACUAAUUCUAGACCUCAAAGUCUUACACCACCAGAAAAAACAAAUGAUUUACUAUUAUCUAAUGUGAACAAUGAAAACAAUAAUGCAACACUGACAACAACACCACGUUCAGCAUCAACGCCUCCAUCAAAGAAUAAUAAUUCACAGGAUGCCGUUUAUUCUUGUGAAUAUUGUGAAAAGAAAUUCCGUUUUGAAACCAAUUUGAUUGUACAUCGAAGAAUUCAUACCGGAGAUAAAAUUUACAAAUGCACAUCAUGUGAAUUUGAAUGUGCUCAUAUUGGAAAGUUAAGGAAACAUAUGAGGGUUCAUCGAACACCUGAAGAUCGAACUAGUAAUGCUGGUUCAUUGGAAACACUAGAUGGAGAAGACUCUCCUGAAGAAGAAAUGGAAGAUGAAGAACAGGUUGAUGAAGAUGAAAUGGAUGAAGAAGAUAUUGAAGAUAAUGAUGAAGUUAAAUAUGAAGCAGAAGAUCUUACUGUUAAUGCCAGAUCAGAUUAUAAGAAAAUGUUAACCCAACAUCCAGGUUCUUUAGUUGGAGAACUUAUGGACAAAUUCGGUUUGUCAAAUAUUGCCCAAUAUUCAGAAGCAUAUAAACAAGCAUUACAAGAAUCGGGAAAUGCUUUAAAAUUGCAUUUGGCUAGUAAGGGUCAUCAUGACAAUAAUAAUAGUACAAUGCCACCAUUAAAUGAUAAACUUAAUGGUCUUCCUGCUGCACUAAGAUUACGUGAAGAAUUUGCUAAAAAUAUGUUACAUCAAUCACAACAAGCAGCUGCAGCAGCUGCACAACAACACGCAGCACAACAACAAGUUCCUUUAUUCAAUCCAUUUGAAAAUCCAUUUGAAACUUCCAAACGAAUAAAACUUGAAGCUGCUCCCGAAUGGUGGAAUUUAUCUGGAUUACAUAGAAAUGAUUUAUUAUUUGAAAAUUUAAAAUUAAAACCAAUGCUGCCGAAUCCAAAUAAUCCUCCAUUAAUGCAUUCUCAAUCGGCACCAUUAAAAAAAGAUGGCUCAAAACGUAACGAUACAUGUGAAUUUUGUGGUAAAGUUUUCAAAAAUUGUUCCAAUUUAACUGUACACCGACGUAGUCAUACUGGUGAAAAACCAUAUAAAUGUGAAUUAUGUUCGUAUGCAUGUGCUCAAAGUUCAAAAUUAACACGACAUAUGAAAACACAUGGCCGUAGUGGUAAAGAUGUAUACCGUUGUCGUUUCUGUGAUAUGCCAUUUAGUGUACCAUCAACAUUAGAGAAACAUAUGAGAAAAUGUGUUGUUAAUCAAGGUAAAGUAGCAGCUAGUGCUGCUGCUGCUGCUGCUGCAGCUGCUGCCGCAGCUAAUUUAACUAAUGCAAAUAAUAAUAAUAAUCAACAAUUAUCAACAUCACAUUUACCGCAAUUACCAUUGAUAACUGGUGCCGGUGGACCAUUAUCUGUAUUAGGUGGUAGUGGUGGAGGUAAUAGUAAUGGCGGUGAUGAUUCAAAUAUAAGUAAAGAUACCGCAUGACUCUAUCAAAAUUGGGUUGGUUUUCCGCCGCCAUUACCGAGGCAACAACAAUCAUCAUUAUUAUUACCGCCUCAUCAUCAUCAGCAGCAGCAACAACCCAAUUCAACAAUUAAUAAUCAAAAUCAACAACAACAACAACAGCAUUUAAUAUCAUCAUCAUCGUCAUCAUCACCGUCAUUGUCACAACAAUCACAACAACAACAACAGCAACUUUCUUCAUUAAUACCAGGACCACAUCAAUUAUCAAGUUCAGCACGUUUAAUGUCAAGAAUAUUUUAAAGAAAGAAGUGUGGUAGAAUAAACAUAACAAAAAAAUGAAUUCAAAAAUUAAUUUUUUGAUUUUUUUUUUUUUUUGUUCUUAUUUUGAGGAUUUAAUGGUCAGUAAUGGAUUAUAAUCAGUAAGAUUAUGUAUGAUUCUCUAAAAAGAAAUUAAUGUACACUGAGAAAAAUAAAAAAUUUUAUUGAAUUUUAUUUUCUUCAUAAUCUAUAUACUAAAAUAAUAUAUAAAAUAAUAAUUAAUGUAAAUAAAAAAAAAAAAUUAGUUGAAAAAUUU